AUGUGGAUCAUCCAGGAAAUUGCUAUGGCAUCCGGCGUUAUCUUCCUAUACGGCGAUGCUACAUCUAUAACAUAUGAACAACUAGCUGUAGCCAUUAGGUUCCUGAGCAAUGAACUAAAAUUGGCACGGGCAGCUUCGAACUACCGACGCGUGGCUUGUAUUCGCAACACUUAUCAAAGUGGCAGUUUAGAUCUUCGUCGAGCAAUGGCACUGGCUAAGGGGUCGGUAUGUAAGUGGCCACAAGAUCGAGUCUAUGCCCUCGCUGGCUUUUCUAGCGAUGGUUCAAUAUUAGUUCCAAUAACUGACUACGAAAAAACAUUGGAAGAAAUUUCAUGCGAUUUUAACGAUGGAUUUUGCUCAAAGGGAAGGCUCUCUCGACGUUAUAUUAAUUCGAGUUACUCUAACCUUCUUGGACCCUUAACUGGAUAUCCUCAUCAUGCUGGGAACGCCACAUCCACGGUAGAGAAGAUUAAGCGCAUAGCGAAUGUCGAUUUUGGACAUGAAAUUCGGAGUUUGCACACUCGAAGCUACAAUGGAAGAUGGUUGAAUCUCAUGGGAACACAAUUGGGUACUGCUCAAAUAUAA